UGAUCUCGCGAGAGGUGGCUGAGGGGCGGCCAUCAGAGCGUCUGCCCUCACGCUCCCCGCCCCGCCCCCGCUUCGACCGCGGUUUCUGCCUCCGCCUCCCCCUGCUUGGCGCCUGCCGCCGCCGCCCCUCCCCGGCCCCGGGAGCGGCCGUGGAGUCCCCGCCGCCCACAGCGCGUUGCGCGGGAGGCGGGAUCGGCACGAAAUAAAUCAGAAUGAGUUAUGCGGAAAAGCCCGAUGAAAUUACAAAAGAUGAGUGGAUGGAAAAGCUCAAUAACUUACAUGUCCAGCGAGCAGACAUGAAUCGUCUCAUCAUGAACUACCUGGUCACAGAGGGCUUUAAGGAAGCAGCAGAAAAAUUUCGAAUGGAAUCUGGAAUUGAACCAAGUGUGGAUCUAGAAACACUAGAUGAACGGAUCAAGAUUCGGGAGAUGAUUUUGAAGGGUCAGAUUCAGGAGGCCAUCGCCUUGAUCAACAGCCUCCACCCAGAGCUCUUGGACACAAACCGGUAUCUUUACUUUCAUCUGCAGCAACAGCAUCUGAUUGAGCUGAUUCGCCAGCGUGAGACGGAGGCAGCGCUGGAAUUUGCCCAGACACAGCUGGCAGAGCAGGGCGAGGAAAGCAGAGAGUGCCUCACAGAGAUGGAACGCACCCUGGCCCUGCUGGCCUUUGACAGCCCCGAGGAGUCGCCCUUCGGGGACCUUCUCCACAUGAUGCAGAGGCAAAAGGUAUGGAGUGAAGUUAACCAAGCUGUUCUAGAUUAUGAGAAUCGAGAAUCAACACCCAAGCUGGCAAAAUUACUGAAGCUGCUACUUUGGGCUCAGAAUGAGCUGGACCAGAAGAAAGUAAAAUAUCCCAAAAUGACAGACCUCAGCAAGGGUGUGAUCGAGGAGCCCAAGUAGAGCCAGUGCCCAUAGACCCUGGCGCUGUCACGAUGGCACAGGACUCAGCUCCCCUCGGACUGUGACGGAAAGAUUUCCACUGCAGUAGAGAACCCUCUCCCCCUACCUUUUUUUUUUUUUUUUUUUGGACCCAGAAUCUUUAAAGGGAACGUGUCCCUUUUAAAUGCUGGCAAACCCACGCGAAAGACACCCUGGAAGUCUGAGCCAUCCGUGCACCUCGGCACACCCUCAGGCUUUCAGCGCCUUGCCAGUUACUACCCAGUGCUCCUGUGUGUGGCUCCUGCGGGCUUAGCUCAUCGCUGAGUGCUGCGUCGUUAGGGAACCCCAGUUAAACUUAGGGCCUCCCACUCGGAGGACGGGAAGAGCACUGACCCUUUCGCUUUCUUUCAGCUUGCGGGCAGACAGUAUGUCUCUUUGAUUUUGCCAAGUCCUGUCAGGCCUUUAUCUUCAGUUUUUCCUUACCCUUUCUUUUUCAAUUAUUUUUUGUUCCAUUUUUCAUAGGAAAGAAUAUAUAAAUUUAAAUCCUAAUUCAAAGAUGACUUUUGUGCAAGGGUAUUGAGUUUGGCUUGUUUUUCCCUUUUGGUCCAACUUGUGUGGCUUUUGGGGAGAUGUGUAUGUGUGAGGGGUGGGGCUGUGUGUUUUUUAAUUUUUUAAAUAUAUAUUUUGGUGCUGUAUGUGAAGAGAGACUUGUUUAUAGAUCAAUGAACCAUCUCUUGUAGGCAUAUUUGUUGAAAAUAAAGGUUUCUCUUUGAUUUCAAGAAUGACCAAAA